CCGCCGCGCGCCGCUUCCCGCGCCGCUUCCCGCGCUCUGCCGCGCGGCACGAUGGGAGGCGGAGCCUCUCCUCCGCGGUGCGUGCCGGGAGGCGCUGGGUCGGCCGGGUUGCCGCGGCGCGCGCCAUGCUGACCUCGCGGAUGUUCCUGAAGCGCACGCGGGCGGGCGCCGUGGUGAAGGUGGUGCGCGAGCACUACCUGCGCGAUGACAUCCCCUGCGGCGCCGCCGCCUGCCGCCUCUGCCCCCCCCGCCCCGCCGGGCCCGGCCUCGGCCUACAGGCGCAGCCCAGCGGGGCUGCCAGCAGCCUCUGCCCCGGGCCGCACUACCUCCUGCCCGACACCAACCUCCUCCUUCACCAGAUUGAUAUACUUGAAGAUCCUGUUAUUAAGAAUGUCAUUGUGCUACAGACAGUCUUACAAGAAGUCAGGAAUCGGAGUGCACCAGUGUACAAGCGAAUUAGGGAUGUGAUUGCAAACCCUGAAAAACAUUUCUAUUCUUUCACCAAUGAACAUCAUCGAGAAACAUAUAUACAGCAAGAGCAGGGAGAAACUUCUAAUGACCGCAAUGACAGAGCCAUUCGGGUAGCAGUAAAAUGGUACAAUGAACACUUGAAGGAAAUAGAGGAUGAGGAGAAGAUCCAAGUUAUCUUUUUAACAAAUGACAGAACUAAUAAAGAGAAAGCUCUAGAGGAAGGGAUAACUGCUUAUACAUGUGAGGAGUACAUAAAAAGCUUGAUAGCUAAUCCUGAUCUUGUAGAUCGUCUUGCUUGUGUAUCUGAUGAAGGGAAAGAAAUAGAAAGUGGUAAAAUAAUUUUCCCAGAACAUAUUCCUCUUAGCAAACUGCAGCAAGGAAUAAAAUCUGGUAUUUACCUCCAAGGAACUUACAGGGCAAGCAGAGAUAAUUAUCUUGAAGCCACUGUUUGGGUUCAUGGAGAUGCUGAAGAAAACAAAGAGAUAAUUAUACAGGGACUGAAACAUUUAAACCGAGCAGUUCACGAAGAUAUUGUAGCUGUGGAGUUGUUGGCAAAAGAUGAAUGGGUGGCACCAUCCUCAGUGGUCUUGCAGGAUGAAGGCCAGAAUGAAGAUGACAUUGCAAAUGAAGAGGAGAAAGAAAACAUUCUGAAGACUUCUGUUAACAAAGACAUGCUGAGACCUACCGGAAAAGUAGUGGGCAUUAUAAAGCGAAACUGGAGACCAUUUUGUGGCAUGCUUUCCAAAUCACAGAUCAAAGAGGCAAGGCGCCAUUUGUUUACACCAGCUGAUCGCAGAAUUCCUCGAAUUCGAAUAGAAACAAGACAAGCAGAUACAUUGGAAGGACAAAGAAUAAUUGUUGCUAUUGACGGUUGGCCCAGGAAUUCCAGGUAUCCUAAUGGUCAUUUUGUAAAGAACUUGGGAACUGCUGGAGAUAAAGAGACUGAGACAGAAGUUCUUUUGCUUGAACAUGAUGUCCCUCAUCAGCCUUUUUCCCAGGGUGUCCUUAGUUUCCUACCAAAAAUGCCAUGGAGCAUUACAGAACAGGAUAUGAAAUACAGGGAGGACUUAAGGAAUCUGUGUGUUUGUAGUGUUGAUCCUCCUGGCUGUACAGAUAUUGAUGAUGCAUUACAUUGUAGAGAAUUAGAAAAUGGAAAUAUAGAGGUUGGUGUACAUAUUGCAGACGUCAGUCAUUUUAUUCGCCCAGGAAAUGCUUUGGAUGAGGAGUCAGCAAAAAGAGGAACAACAGUGUAUCUGUGUGAAAAAAGGAUUGAUAUGGUUCCAGAGUUACUUAGUUCCAAUUUGUGCUCCCUGAGAUCAAAUGUGGACAGGCUUGCAUUUUCAUGUAUAUGGGAGAUGAACCAUAAGGCUGAAAUUCUAAAAACCAGAUUUACGAAGAGUAUUAUUAAUUCCAAGGCUUCUCUUACAUAUGCCGAAGCACAGAUGAAAAUUGAUUCAGCAACUAUGAAUGAUGAUAUUACUACCAGCCUACGUAGACUAAACAAAUUAGCAAAAAUUCUGAAGAAGAAGAGAAUUGAUAAUGGAGCCUUAACACUUUCCUCACCAGAAGUUCGUUUCCACAUGGACAGUGAAACUCAUGAUCCUAUUGAUCUGCAGACUAAGGAGCUCAAAGAAACAAAUUCCAUGGUUGAAGAGUUUAUGUUACUUGCCAAUGUCUCUGUAGCACAAAAAAUUUACGAUGAGUUCCCGGAGUUUGCCUUGCUCCGGAAACAUCCUGCUCCUCCCCCAUCAAAUUAUGACAUCCUUGUGAAGGCCGCAAAGUCCAAGAAUUUGGAAGUUAAGACAGAUUCAGCAAAAGCUUUAGCUGAAUCAUUAGACAAAGCUGAAUCUCCUGCGUUCCCCUAUUUAAAUACACUGUUGCGAAUUUUGACCACUCGCUGCAUGAUGCAAGCUGUUUAUUUCUGCUCUGGAAUGGAUAAUGAUUUUCAUCACUAUGGUUUAGCCUCACCUAUUUAUACACACUUUACCUCACCCAUUAGAAGGUAUGCUGACAUUAUAGUACAUCGACUUCUGGCAGUGGCUGUAGGAGCAGACAGUACUUACCCAGAACUUACAGAUAAACAUAAACUAGCGGAUAUGUGUAAAAACCUCAAUUACCGACAUAAAAUGGCUCAAUACGCACAAAGAGCAUCUGUUGCAUUCCACACACAGCUGUUCUUCAAAAGCAAAGGAGUAGUGAAUGAAGAUGCAUAUAUAUUAUUUGUAAGAAAAAAUGCAGUUGUGGUUCUUAUUCCCAAGUAUGGGUUAGAAGGAACAGUCUUCUUUGAAGAAAAAGGUAAACCAACACCAAAACUGGACUACAACAAUGAGGUACCGUCACUUACUGUGGAAGACACAACAUUACAUGUAUUUGAUAAAGUUAAAGUGAACAUUAUGUUAGAUGCUUCUAACAUCCAGCAUCAGAAAAUUCGGAUGGUGUUGGUAGAACCAAAGAUACUAGGAAGUGAUGUGCCUGCAAAUCUACCUACAGAGAUAAGCAGCAAGAACGAACCAGAGAAAAAGAAAAAGAAGCUACAAAAAUAGCUGGAUGUAAAAGUUAAUAGGAAGUCACAUAUGAAUUAUUUGUAUUUACAUUUUUUUCCCUAUGGGCAAAAUGCUAGAAACAGAUUUUGUUUACUUUUAAAUAUACCUUUUAAUAAUUUGUAAAACUGGCUUUUUUUAAAAAAUACUUUUUAAGAAUAUAUGUAUGCAGGUGAAUAAUAGUUUUAAAACAAAAUGUGUCUACAUUUUUGUCUUGUGGGUGAAAAUAAAUGCUUCUGCAAAGCGAA